UUCCUCUCAAGUAGAAAGAAUCACGUAUUCUCCUCUCCAAUCUCCAUCUUUCUCUCUCACUUUCUUUCCAAACCCACACCCACAUGCUCGUAAACAUGAUUCUCCUACAAUUACAAAUCCUAUCAUUCCCUUUCUCACUCUUACUCUUCCUUCUUCACUUCACUCAUCCCAUUCUUCCAUGGCUUCUCUCUUUCUCUCUCUUCUUCCCUUCUUUCUCUUCUUCUUCUCCCCUGUUUCUUCUUCUUCUUCUUCUUCUAAUCAAACUCCUCAAAGCUACAUAGUUUAUUUGGGUGGAUCAAUUGGCGAAGCCGAUUUCGAUAUGGAAAUUGCAGAAUCUGCUCAUUUAGAAUUGCUUUCUACUGUAAUUCCCAGUGAGGAGAUAGAAAGGGUGUCGGUGGGGCAUGUCUAUCAUCACGCAUUCAGGGGAUUCUCUGCCAUUCUUACUGCCAGUGAAGCUUCUCUGCUUUCUGGUAAUGAAGAGGUAAUAUCAGUGUUUCGUGAUCCAAGUAUGAAGCUUCACACAACAAGAUCUUGGGACUUUUUGGAUCAACAAUCAGGAAAGGAUCUUGGUUUUAAAUUUCAAUACCACCAUACUCUUGCUUCUACAGAUGUUAUUAUCGGAAUGAUAGACACAGGGAUAUGGCCUGAAUCUGCAAGUUUCAGUGAUAAAGGUGUAGGAAAAAUACCUCAAAAAUGGAAAGGAGUAUGCAUGGAAGGCUCUGACUUCAACAAGUCCAAUUGUAACAGGAAAUUAAUUGGUGCAAGAUACUACAUCCACCAAGGCGGCAUCGGAAAAUUCAUCAACACAACAGCUUCAAAGUCAAGCGGCUCACCACGAGACCAUGACAGCCACGGAACUCACACAGCAUCGACAGCAGCAGGAGUCGAAGUAGCUAAUGCUAGUUACUUUGGAUUGGCGCGAGGGACUGCCAGAGGGGGCUUACCUUCUGCUAGAAUUGCUGUGUACAAGGCGUGCACAAUAGAUAAUUGUUCUGGUUCCACUAUAUUGAAGGCGAUUGAUGAUGCAGUUAAAGACGGUGUUGAUAUUAUAUCAAUCUCUCUCGGGAUGGAUUUACUGUUACAAGCCGAUUUUAUGAGUGAUCCCAUAGCUAUUGGAACUUUUCAUGCCAAUCAAAUGGGUGUAAUGGUUGUAUGCUCAGCAGGAAAUAGCGGUCCAGACCCAUAUACUGUAGUGAACACAGCUCCGUGGAUAUUUACUGUCGCUGCUUCGAGUAUUGACAGGGAUUUUCGAUCAAUUCUGCUCCUCGGAAACAAUGCUAGUUUCAAAGGGUCUGGCAUUACACUGUCCAAUCUCACUAUUUCCAGCCAAUAUCCUCUUGCAUUUGCAGGCGAUUUGGCUUCUGUUUUCACCCCAUCAUCAGAAGCAAGCAAUUGCUAUCCUGGAUCUUUAGAUCCUAAGAAAGUAGCUGGGAAAAUAGUGGUAUGUCUAAACAGUUACCGAGGAGUUUCACGACGGAUCAAGAUGUUGGUAGUACAAGAUGCUGGGGCAAAAGGCCUAAUAUACAUUAGUGAUAUGGAAAAAGGUGUGCCUUUUGAUUCAGGUUCUUUCCCAUUUACACAACUAGGAGAACAUGACGGAAUUCAGAUACUCGAGUACAUUAACUCUACCAAAAAACCAACAGCAUCAAUCAUCUCAACAGUUGCUGUACAAAGAUUCAAACCAGCACCAGUUGUGGCUGAUUUCUCAUCAAGAGGCCCCGGAGAACUCACCGAAAACAUUCUUAAGCCUGACAUUAUGGCUCCUGGAGUUGCAAUACUAGCAGCAAAUACACUAGAGAAUGAGCCAGGAGACCCUAUUCGGAAAAAGCAAUCGGCAUUUGCUAUAAAGUCAGGAACAUCUAUGGCUUGCCCCCACGUUACCGGUGCAGCAGCUUUGAUUAAGUCUAUACAUCAUGGGUGGACACCUUCUAUGAUAAAAUCAGCAUUGAUGACAACAGCCACUGUUGCUGAUAACCGGGGGAUAACUCUUACAAAUAGUUCAGGAGGCAUGGCAAAUCCGCAUGAAACAGGAGUCGGGGAGAUAAGUCCAAUGAAAGCUCUUCAUCCAGGACUAGUGUUCCCAACCACUACAGAAGAUUACUUCCAUUUCUUAUGCUAUCUUGGGUACACUGAGAAGAUUCUCCGAUCAAUGUCGAGCACAAUGCUGAGAUGUCCAAAGGCUAUAUCAGAUAAUCGUAUAUCGAACAUAAAUUACCCGUCCAUCUCAAUACAAAAGCUCAAAAGAAAUCGAGAAAGAAGGAUUUCAAGGCACGUAAUCAAUGUUGGAUCUCCGAAUUCGACAUACACUGCUACCUUACGCGCACCAGAAGGUUUAAGAGUAGGCAUUUCCCCAAAGAAGUUAGUUUUCCACAAGGGAUAUACAACAGCAACUUUCAACAUUUCAUUCCAAGCAAAAAUAGCCCAACUAGGCUAUAAUUAUGGUUCAAUAACUUGGUUUGAUGGUCUACAUAAUGUUCGAAUUGUAUUCGCCGUAAAUAUUGUAAAAUAACCGAGGUCCUACAUCCACAUUGCUGAUAGAGUAUAUAACAUAUCUUCAAGCAUCAACCAACAGCUUAAACUUUAAAGUCUUAAGAUAUACUUAUAUACUCUACCGAUUACGCAUCACAAAUAAUAAUUACACAUAGAAAAAGAUUCAUAGAAACAAGAUUGAUAAUUUCUACUCGAGAAAUUCAGUAGUAAAUUUGUAUACUAAUACAAAAACUAUCUAGAAAAAACGCUUGUAAGUUAUCUUGUAGACGUUACAUUUUUUCAUUUAGAUCAUUAUUUCUUACACCUAAUUGAUAAUGAUUUAUGACAAGAAACCAUGUUUAAACUUA